AUGGCAUUAAAAAUGGAGCAAUUUACUGCUUUUGAAUUCUAUGACAGUUUUACUAGCUUUUAUCAUGAAUAGUAAAUAUUAAAAUAAAGAGAAUUAGGAAAAGUUUCAAAUUAUGAAAGCUUUGCUUAAGAUAUCUAUUAGUUUUCAAAAUCUUUAGCUUUGGAUUUAGCAAUUGGAGAUCUAUCUUAAAUUAAUUAUAAAUAAACUUUUUAUUUAAAAUUAUUUCUAACUUGA